AUGGCUGCAUCACGAAAUUCGAGAAGUGUUGAUUUGAAAAAGGAGAGGCGCAAAGAAAAUACAGCACAGAGAAAAAGCAAAUCCAGUGCGCCAUCACAAAAUACGCAAUCAAUUGGAAAUAUAACAUCAAAAGAUAAGAAAAAGAAAACAACAAAAGUACAAAAAGAGCAUACUGUAGCCGCAAUUGCAGUCAGCGACUUAUCGCAAUCUACAAAAAAAGCGGUAGCGAAAUUCGCUUCCACUUCCUCAACAUCAACAACUAUUCCCACAAUCAAACGAUCAAAUGUAGCAAAAAUGACCGUAAAAAUGAAUCCAACUCCUUUGGUAAUAUCUGAAGGAAUGUCUAAACAGUCAUCAUUAUCGGCGGGUCAAAGGCCAUCAACAACAUCAAUUAAGAAUCGCGUUCCAACUCCAAAACCAGCAGCUAAAAUUCUUAAAAGCAAUGAGAAUAGCAAUGAUGAUGAAGAUAGUACAAACGAACAAAGUUGA